CUUCGUUGCAAUUAUCUCCAAGCUCAUCCCUCUGAGGCAGGUAAAUUCGCAAUGGCUUCAUCUCUGUCAGCCUCCGUAUCUUCGCUACAAUCAUCCCUUGGUCUGCUGGAUUCUUCGAUUUCCACACUGGACGCUGGGAUUAGUGAUUUUCCGCGGCUUUGCAAAGUCCUACAAACGACAAGACACUUUGAACUUCUUCCCGAGCCCACCUUGCGCGAAGCCCAACAAUCCCUCCUAGAUGAAAUCACCCCCAGCAUCGCCCAUCUUCUAUCCUUGGCAACGAAUCAUGUCGAGAAGCUCUCCCGUCGCGAACAGGCUCUCAAGGCGAAGUGUGAACUCCAAGAGGGAAGAAUGAGCUCCAAUGAAAGUCGCCAAGCUUCAAAUCGCGCCCAGAGCAGCGCACUUCGGGAUCGACAAGGUGGUGGUUCUGCUGCGAAGGCGGCAGAACUAAGAAGAUUGGUCCAGAAGAAGGAGCGCUUGAAGUAUGCAGUCGAGAGACUGGAGCUUCAAGGUAGACAGAGAGAGCGCCAGUUGAGGAAGAGCAUGGCUGUUCAGUAACCGAUUGCUCUACGUUUAAUUCGAUUCUGGAGGUCGACUUUCCGGAAACCACUGUCUUUGAGAGACGCAGAUAAUGUCGGAAUGUGCGACUUCUUUAUCUGUGAUCUCGACUAGUUCGGAAUGUUAAGACUGAUGAAAAUCCAAAACGAUCACGCCUAACGAAUACUCCGACAUGAUGGUCAAAUGCGCUUUUUUAAACGACUUUCUAUGACAGACACACAGUACGUCGCGACAUUAUACUAUCGCAGCUACCAUUUCAGGCCACAGAAAUGGCUGAAGAAAUCCGAGCUACUGCGCAACUUCUCUGGGGCGACUGUUCUCAGUA